AUGAGUGAGGCUCCAGCUUGGGAAGAGUAUGAAAGGGAAUUAUCUUCAAGAUUUGGAGAUUCAUUAUAUGAUGAUCCAAUGGGAGAGCUUAAGAGUUUGAAGCAAUCGCCAGAAAUCCAAUUGACUAUAGGGAUGUUUAUGCCUAAAAAUGUACAACAUGCCGUAAUCUUGUCCAAGAUUGAAGAAGCCAAGAUGUUAAUGCAACAGAAGGGGAAGGUGUUAUCAAAAUCCUUAAUGAAUUAUCCGGAUCAUACUAGUACCUCACAAUUCCACGCUAAUCCAUCUGGUCACAAAUGGAAGGCAGAUCCUCAGAAGAUUUCUGCAAUAGUGAGGUGCCCAAUACCUCAGACAGUCAAGGAGCUAAAAGGAUUCUUGGGACUCACAGGGUACUAUAGGAGAUUCAUACAAGACUAUGGGAAAAUUGCAAAUCCUUUGACAGAUUUGCUUAAGAAAAUUCAAUUCCAGUGGCAUGAUGUGGCUACCAAGGCUUUUAGGAGGUUGCAGGAAUCCAUGAGCAGUACCCCUAUCCUAGCUUUACAAGACUUUACUGAGGAGUUCAUUGUGGAAAUUGAUGUUUCUGGAAAUGGGAAUGAGGGAGGACAUUCUAGUGUGGAGGUGACUUAUAGAACACUUAAACAGGUUUUGUAUUGGCAGCUCAUGUUCAAGGAUGUGGCUCAGUAUGUAGCAUCAUGCGACACCUGUCAAAGACAUAAGUCAGAUAAUGUAGCUUACCUUGGAUUGUUGCAACCAUUACCUAUACCUCACAAAAUUUGGGCUGGCAUUUCUAUGGAUUUUAUUGAAGGAUUACCACUCUCACAUGGAAAGAAGUUGAUCCUAGUAGUGGUCGAUAGGCUCAGCAAAUAUGCUCACUUUAUAGCUGCAACUCAUCCUUACACAGCAAUCUCAGUUGCCCAAGAGCUCUUCAGAUUACAACAUGUCCAGUUGAACAUGUCCACUUCUUACUGUCCCCAAAGUGAUGGCCGGACAGAAGUAGUUAACAGAUGUUUGAAGAACUACUUGAGGUGUAUGACUAGUGAUCAUCCUAAAGACUGGAGUUUAUGGCUGCCAUUAGCAGAGUAUUGGUAUAACACAAAUUACCAUUCAUCUGCUAAGUUCACUCCUUAUGAGAUAGCCUAUGGAUAA